AUUCACAAAUCAGACGCACACUUACGGCUUUUACGCAAUUCAUUCUCUGCGCAUGCGCGGUUUCCUCCAGCUAGUCGCUGCUGUCCUUUUUACACACAUCCUACCGGAAUCAGUACACAGAGCGCACAACAUGAGUUUCUCCACUGAAGAUAGAGGAAAUCCCAACACUUUGAGUUAUAGGAUUUAUUUCAAGAACUCAGAUGGAAAGUACAUUUCACCAUUCCACGAUAUCCCCAUGUAUGCAGAUGAAGCUCAGAACAUUUUCCACAUGGUUGUUGAAGUACCACGAUGGACAAAUGCAAAAAUGGAGAUUGCUACAAAAGACCCACUAAACCCCAUUAAGCAAGAUGUAAAGAAGGGCAAUUUGCGCUAUGUGGCCAAUGUUUUCCCCCACAAAGGCUAUAUUUGGAAUUAUGGAGCAAUUCCUCAAACUUGGGAAGACCCUGGGCACAAAGACAAUGACACAGGAUGCUGUGGUGACAAUGACCCAAUCGAUGUCUGUGAAAUUGGAAACAAGGUGUGCUGUCGGGGAGAUGUUAUCAAAGUGAAAGUACUGGGUGUUUUAGCAAUGAUUGAUGAAGGUGAAACUGAUUGGAAAGUCAUUGCAAUCAACGUUGAUGACCCCGAGGCAAAGGACUUUAACAACAUAAGUGACGUGAAGAGACUCAAGCCUGGCUACCUUGAGGCCACAGUUGACUGGUUCAGGAGGUACAAGGUACCUGAUGGGAAACCUGAAAACCAGUUUGCAUUCAACGGAGAGUUCAAAGACAAGGACUUUGCCACCGAGACGAUCAAAGCCACACACGGCUUCUGGAAGGCACUGAUCUCACAACAAACCAACGCUGGAGAACUAAACUGCAAGAACACGUGUGUCUCAGAGGGAGACAGUCCCUUCUGUUGUUCAGCAGAUGAAGCCAAAGCAGUUGUUGACGGAUCUUGCCCAUGUGGAGAGGCUAGUCCAGUUCCAAGCUCAGUUAACAAAUGGUUCUACUAUGCAAAGAACUGAAGAACAUAAUGCUGUGAAUGGACCAGUCUAAUCAUGUUUCGAAUAUGUAUUUCAUUAUCUGUCUAGAAUAAUAGUAUUUUAUGAAAAACAGGGGCACUUAACACAUCUUCUGGGGACUGAACUUUACAUGAAUACUUAGGGGAGCUAACCAAUGUCUUGUUAAGUUAAGUUUUAUUUGGUAAUGGAUAGAUAUGCUGUUUAACAGAUGCUCAAGUUAGUAAUAGUCUGGUCAAACUCAGGUACUGUAAGAUUCUAAACAAAUAAAGCUUUUCUCAUAUGA